UUUGAAGUUCGUCCGCGCGACAGGUUCGUGUCGUGAAUCCGUCAGGUGGCGGAGUGAUACUGCAGCUGCUCUACUACAACACAGUAUUCCACUCAAGCUCGGCUGUAAUGUUUAUUUUUCCCCCUUGUAUAUCGUUUACUUGAUUUUCGGUGAGUGGCAGACAGGUCCGGACGCCGUUAACCCACCGGUGUAAAGUCGGUUCUGACGGUCCGGGUCCGCACGUGGGGGCAGAUGUGGCCAAUUUGAACGCGACUCCCCGCGAGCCGUGUUGUGCGUCGUUAACAGAAACACAGGAAGAAAAGUGUGAAAACGGAUGUAUGACAAUGACCCACGCAGCGAAUAGGACCAGCCACGGGUUGUCUCUCGUCCUCGUCUUUAAAUGGACUGUUUAGCCACACAUGAGAGCCACUAACUUCCAGCUGUACUGCUCUGUUUGGUUCGUUCGGUGCGUAUUUGACCCCCAAGUACUAUAGUAACUGAUAAAACUACAGUGGGAUACCGCGGUUAGGAACCAUGGGGACCCAGGGCACAGGACGGAAAAGAGCCACCAACAAGGAGAGGACGACGGCUGAGGACGAUGCCCUGAAUCUUAUAGCCAGAGAGGCUGAAGCCAGGCUGGCAGCAAAGAGGGCGGCCAGGGCAGAGGCCAGAGAGAUCCGCAUGAAGGAGCUGGAGAGACAACAGAAAGAGAUCUUUCAGGUGCAGAAGAAAUAUUAUGGCUUGGACCCCAAAUUAGAUGACCGAGUGGACAGCAAAUGGGGAGAUAUUGAACAAUGGAUGGAGGACAGUGAGAGAUACUCACGCCCUUCACGGAUUCACAUGCAGGAUACCUCGUGUCAUACACCACUGCUCUCAGAUGACGAUGAGCGGAUGUCAGUGGGCAGCCGUGGCAGUGUCAGGGUUGAAGACAGAGAUUAUCUGGAGAAGGGAUCUCGAGCGGCUUCUGCCUUAACAGCAGGAACUCUCACAUCAUUAGGCGGGACUUCCUCCAGGAGAGGAAGUGGUGAGACAGCUAUAACUGUAGAUGCUGAGACCUCCUUACGAGAAAUCAAGGAGAUUCAUGAACUGAAGGAUCAGAUUCAAGAUGUGGAAACCAAGUACACUCAGAACCUAAAAGAACUCAAGGAUGCAUUAGCAGAAGUAGAGGAGAAGUACCGCAAGGCCAUGGUGUCCAACGCUCAGCUGGAUAACGAGAAGAACAACCUGAUGUACUAUGUAGACACGCUCAAAGACUCCCUCAUGGAGAUGGAGGAGCUGCUGUCAGAGUCACGUCGGGAGUAUGAGGAGAAAGUCAAGGAGUUUGAGCGGGAAAAACAUGCCCACAGCGUGCUUCAGUUCCAGUUCAGUGAAAUGAAAGAGACUCUAAAACAAAGUGAAGAGCUGCUAAAUGAGAUCCGUCAGCUGCGCAUGAAACAGGACGGCUUUAAUAGAGAAAUAUCAGAUCUACAAGAGACGGUGGAGUGGAAAGAUAAAAAAAUUGGGGCCUUAGAGCGACAGAAAGAAUACACAGAUGCUAUUCGUGUUGAGCGGGAUGAGCUCAGAGAAGAGGUGGUCAAGCUCAAAGACAUUUUGAAGAAACAUGGAAUAGUGUUGGGACCUGAUCUGAACAUUAAUGGAGACAUUGGCGAGACAGACACCGACGCGCCCCCCAGUGGAGAUGCAACUACCCCAACAGCCCAGGAUUCACAGACGUCACCUACAGAGGGCAACAGCAUGCUCGGAAACACAGAGGAGACAGAGACAAGGAGUAGCACUAAGGAAGAGGUUGAGCCACAGCAGCAUCAAGAAUUUCCGAAGAAAACCAAAGAGAAUCACUUGAACUCUGAUGCAGUCUGUAAUGCAACUGAUGUGUCCAAAUUGGAAACAUCCAUGGAAGAGCAGACAGAACAACAGACAUUCUCAAUAAUGGAAAGUAGUAUCAGAGAAAAAGAUGUGAAUGUUGACAUGAAUGAGGCUUCAGUCCCAGAUGACAAAGUAACAAGUCCUGAGGAAAACGGUUCAGGAACAGAAACAUUUGAAACUGAGAAUCUAGAAGAGACAACUUACCCAGACAUAGGGGAGAUGGAAACAAAGAUGAAUGAAACUGCACAGACAUGUGACAACCCUUCUGAAGGUGAAGGAAACCAACCAGAUGAAGUUGACUCAGUUAAACUGAACCAAACACAAUCAUUCCCUCAGCAAGAAAUCACAGAAGGUGAGAUAAAAGAGAGUCUACCUGAUGAAUCCAUUCCAGCUGUGUCAAAACCUGAACCACAACAAGAACCCAAGACUCUAGAAGAAAGAGCAAAUGAAGAAGCAGAGGAGGCAUCAAACAAAUCCCAGCCUCAGGGCACUUCUGCCACAGGGAAAAAGAAGAAAAAGAAGAAGAGAGGCAAGAAAAAAGGUGGGACAAAUGAGGACAAAACUCAAGAAAAAGCAGAAACAGAGAAAUAUGAUAGCAAAACUGUAAAAGACAUCAGGUCAGAUCCAAAAGAUAAUGGGCCAGCAACAGAACCUGUCACUGAAGGUUCUGUUGCUGAAACUGUCAAAGAGUCAAAAGUGGAUCAGGUUACAAAGGAGGAGAGUGGGCACAAAAAUGAGGAAGAAAAACCAGUCGAAGCAGCAGAGACCACCCUGUCGUAUGCUGAUGUUUUGAAGAAGGAUAUAGAGAGCAAAGAAACAGAGACAGUAGAGGCAGUGGCACCCACCGAAGCACCUCAUAUUGAAAAUGAACAAAUAAGAAAUGCAGCUGUUACAGACAAAGAAGAGAGUUUGGAAAGUGAGAAAAUUGUAGUAGUCGAGGAAGUGAUGCCUAAUGAAACCUUUAACGACAAUGUGGAAAAAGCAGGUUCAGAUAUCGUCACACAUAAGCAAGACAAGGAAGUAACUUUGGAAACGGAGAAAGAAGCAGGACCUGUAACAAGUCCUAAUCAAGAAUCCUACCAAAUGGUGUCUCAUCCUAUUGAUAACUCUGAAGGUACAGAGAACUCUAGCGGCUUUGAAAAAGAUAGUGCUUCCUGUAGAGAUGACCCUCAAAGGACAGCAGACAUCCCACCUGAUGGUGACUUCAAAACUGAGACUGUGGAUGAGCACACAUCUGAACAGAUAUCCAACAGCCCAGAAAAUCCAGCUGAAACAAAUAGUGAUCCUGAAUCAUGUGCUGCAGGCAGCACUGAUGUUGGUGUUGAAUCCAUAGGGAUCGAUGGAGCCACAUCUACAGCCCAGUUGCCAGAUAAUGAGAUUACGGUUGGGCUCCAGAGCUCAUCUCCCUCUGAGCCUUCUGCAGUCACAGACUCCGACAUUGACACCCAUAUUGACGUUCCAGAUGAAACUGCGACAAGCAUUGAUGGAGCCAAUACUGAGGCAGAGACUGAACAAAAAUCCUCCAGCGUUACUCCAAGCCCUGAAGAGGAUUCAGAGGAGACCUUGGUGGAGACUGGACAGACGGAGCAGAAUGGAGAGUUGGGAGAAGUUGAAAACUCAGGUUGCUCAUCAGUGUUUUUGAGACUUGAGGAAAGAUUUGAUGAUGAAAAUGGUCCUCUGGAGACUGUUAAUCAAGGUGAAAUUGAUAAUGAAGAAAGUCAGACGCAGUGUGUGGAUGAGAUUGAUGAAUCAAAUGCUGAGGUCUCCUUGACAACACCAGUGGUGGAUACUGCUGCUGCAAUGAAGACCUCAGAUUCUCAAGUAGUUGCUGAGGUUGAGCCGGAGUGCAGCUCACAAAAUGUAGAAGAUCCUGAAUUUAAAAACGCUGAAAAUGAUGCAGAGACAUCGGUUUGUUAUGUGGUAGAGCAACCAGAGGAAUGUAGCAAUGAUGAGUCUGAGGGUAAUUCUGUACGCAUGAAUCAGGGUACGGACAAAGAUGAUGAUGAAGACGGGGAGGAGGGACAGUCUUUCGAUUUUGAUGACAUGGAGAUGGAAGCACUUUUAGCAGACAGUCACCCUAUGAAUCCAUUGCAGGAACAAGCUGAGGAGGCAGAGGAAGCAGUGCCCGAUGAAAUCUCUGAGCUGUGCCAAAAUAAUGCCGAGCCACAGCUGCAAAUCCAAAGCAAUGUCCCUGAAAACAACAAUGAAGCGCUUCCAACUGAUGAGAGUACUGAGGCAGAAGCACUAGAUAAAGAGCCAGAAAGCGUUCCUCAAAAUGAACAGACCUCUGUGGCUUCUGCAAAAGCCAUCCCUGCAAAUGUGUGUGAAGAGCAGAAAAAUAUAUCUGAGGAGGAAGCAGGUACAGCAGAGGACCCAAGGAACAUUGUAGAGGUUUUGAAUGUGACGGUUGUAGAAAACGAUAAUCAGGCAGUGUCUUUACCAGUGGAGGAAGGGGUAGAUGUCAUUAAGCAGGAGCUGCAAGAUAAAGAUUCUCCAAAUACAAGCGAGAUGAGCAGUAUUAGUGAGCCAGCACUGUCAGGGAAGGAUGUGAAGAAGAACAGCAAAAAAGGCAAAAGCAAAGGAAAAGAGGAAUGCAAGAUGUCUUAGUUCAUUCAUGAUAUGUUGUAAGAAAGGUUUUCAUUCAAGUAUAACUGAAUUUUCAGAAAGUCUGUAAAAGUAAAACUAAUUCAGGUUUCCUCCACCACUGUUGCAAAUAUUAAGAGCUGUUUCCUCACCAUUAAAUUUAUCAUUUAAUAGUUUGCCUUUUAGAUGUUUUUCAUGCAAUAAUAUAUUACCUGAGCUGUCGAUUGAACAGUUGAUAAAUAUGACAUAUUUUGGCAAAACCUGAAGCUGGAUGUCAACUUUUGCACCCCAAACCAAACUGAACCUCUGGUCUGGAUCAAAUAGGGUUUGAGUUUGUCAAAGCCUUAUUCCAACAGUUUUGUACAACUCUUCAUAUGUGGUAGUUUGGGGGGGGGGUUUUUGUUUUUUUUUUACAUUUUCCCUCCAAUAUGGCAUUUCUGUUCAUUGUUUCUUGUAUUAAUUUUGAUUGUUGCUGUCUCUUUACUGUUCCACAUUUGCAGAAACGGUAAUGAUUUCCAUUGCAUAUAAUUUUCCACCUCUCUCAAAUGUUUCCAAUCUGGGGGGGUUAAUGUGCAAAAUGUGAGUAAUAUGGGCUGGAUUUAAACACAUCUAUAGAUAUACACACCCUGGUCAAAAAAUGUCACACAUCAUUUCACUGAACUGCCUUUAGCUUUGAUUACAGCCUGUAUUUGCUGUGGCAUUGCUUAUACCAUGCAAUGUUUAUGUUUACGUUACAACAAAUGUCCCAUUUAUUUCCACCCAUAAUUGGCUAAGACUUUGUAUUGAUGAUAGGAGGGUCAGUCUGCUCCAUAAAGUCUUUUCCAGUAUAUCCCAAAGAUUCUCAGUGGGGUUCAGGUCUGCAUCCUGAUGAUUCCAGGUAAUCUUGGAUUAUGUCUGUGUCAUCAUGGAAGAAAAAAGCACACUGAUGUUCAGAACAGGUCAUUUAGUAUACAAGUAGUCAGCUGACCUCAUCUUAUGGACACAACAUCGCUUAUCCUAGACGUGAGCAAAUGAAACAACCCCUCAUCAUAACACUGCCCCCACAGGCUUGUACUGUAGGCACUAGGCAUGAUGGGUAAUCACUUCAUCUGCCUCUCUUCUCACCCUGAUGGAACAGGAUCAGUCUGGACUUACAAGACUGGAUGACGUUUUUCCAUUGAAGCACAGGCCAGUCUUUAUGCUCUAUUAAACUGAUGGUUGUUUAAGAAAUAAGAAGCCUCUCACUGAAUCAGAGCUGAAGAAGUUGUUCCAGCUGAAAUGUAUUAAUCACUGCAGUAAUUAUCUAAUGGAUGGAUGUGUACUAUUUGCUGAGUUGACUCUUUCUUUUGGCCAGGCUACAUGCAUUCUUUGAUCUACUGUUCAACUGCUUUCUUUGCUCAACUGGUAAAAUACACAUUACCAACCUUAGUAGCACUUUGAUUUUUUUUUUCUGAACCUUUACAUGUAAUUAAUAUAUGUCUGUAUAAUUAGUCCAUUGUCCAGACAGUGAUUAUAGUUUUUAAGUUAUGCGAACAGAAGACUUAACAGUAAAUUUGGCUGUAAUGCAGAUAAUUUUGCACUUGAUAUAUUGAUAGUUAGGUCAUGUUUCUAAUGCAUUCCUUUUUGUAUUGUUUCAUGAAUAGUAUUCAUUGGUGACUGUACCAUUGAACUAUUGUCAUUGCUGCAAAUUUUGCAAAAUCUGCUCUUCCCAUUGGUGCACAAAGUGUAUGCAGUACAUUCUAUAUGUUGUUGUUGUUGUUGUUGCUGACAAUUUUAAACAAAUGUGUGGCCUCCUGUUGGGAUUGUUAAUUGACCAAAACAAAGGACUGUAAAUUCCAAGCUACCAAAAAUGUUAAAAAAAUAUGUUUGAACCUUUUUUGCAAUUGAUGGAAAAGUAAAUGUGGAGCUUCCACAAUGAAAUCACAAUAAAUAGUGGAUUGUUGCCAAUUUGAAAUACUUCUCCAAAUACAUUUUUGUUGCUGAUCUAACACAAAAAGCAUAACAGUGUUCUCCAUGUAUCACAUGUCCACUCAGCCGUUCCCUUUACUCUAGUCCUGGAUGCUGUGUGUCCCUACACUCCCCCUCUCCUCCACAGUUUGUGCAUGCUAACAUUCCCCUCACAUAUUUGCUACUGUUCAUCACUCCCCCAUGGAUGCCUGCCCUGUUGCAUGCAUCAGCCUCCCACCCUGACCUAGCCCCCUUCCACAAUGUCCUUGACUCCUCCCAUCCCUGGUAUGUUCCUCUAUUUUUUUUUUAACAAC